AUGAAUCUUAGGGGGAACUAUAUAAAGACUUCCAAAAAUCAAGGAUUUCCCGCAACAAAAUUUGGGACGGACAUCAGCUCCUAUGUAUUGAGUGUGCUCCAGGAAAUUGUAGAUAAAAAGGAUCAAGGAUCUUUCAACUACAAAACCCUAAUGGAGAAGAUCCAAGUGUCGUUCAAUCUACUCGAACUGUUUCAAACUAGUCCUGACGCUACAAAGCAAAUCAACAAAGUUUGA